UCUCUGACUGUUGAUGCUGUUGCUGCUGCCUGUGAAGCAUCAAAAUCAUCCAAGAGCUUCCUCCAAACCAUCCAAUUGAUCCAAUCAAGGAAUAAACGAGUAGACUAUUUUUUAUUCUUCCUAGCACGGUAUCACAUGGACAAUGAACAAAUUUUAAAGGGAAGGAAAAUCAUCACAGAUGGAUUGGCAGCUGUGAAGGCCAGCAACAAGGAACAGAACUUUGAGGCUGCCAGAGAAAAACUGGGAAAAAUCUUACACCCUCUACAGGAUUUCUACAGUCAUAGCAACUGGGUGGAGAUGGGAAACAAACUCCCAAACUCCCAUCUGAUCAGAUCAGACACCAGCGUUGGCAACAUAGCAGCUGAAAGCAGAGCAACCUGUCGCAACUGUAAUGGAGACGACUGCACGAACAACAUUUUGGAGGAUAUCCUAAGGGAAAGGAUAAUUACUUCAGGAUACUUUAAUUUUGUGCCUUUUUUUUCCUCCAAACCAAAAGGAAAAUGCAGCCACGGAGGUUUUCUUGAUAGAACAAGUAACAUUGAACCUAAAGGUGGGAUCAGUAAAGACACUUUGGACUCCAGCCAUGGACACCUCCACAUGGAAGCUGCAAAUGUGGCAAUUGCUGCAACCAGUGAGCUCCUGGAGGACAUUCGAGGGGCUGCUGGUGACAAACCAUUCCUACAGCUGAUGGGAAUCUCCAGUAAAGCUCUCUGUUUUGUGAUCGACACGACAGGAAGCAUGAGUGAUGACAUUGCAGCAGUGAGGACUGUCACUUCUGAUAUAAUCGACAGGAAAGUUGGAACACAGGACGAGCCCUCAGUUUACAUUCUCGUACCUUUCAAUGAUCCAGAUUUUGGGCCACUGACAAGGACAACAGACCCAGAAGUCUUCAGGAAUGCUAUUAAUUCACUAACAGCAACUGGUGGAGGAGAUUUUCCAGAAAUGAGUCUUUCAGGGCUUCGGCUGGCAUUAACUGGUGCUCCUCCCAGUUCUGAGAUCUUCCUCUUCACUGAUGCACCUGCUAAAGAUGCACAUCUGAAAAGCACAGUGAUUGCACUCAUUGAGCGGACCAAGACAGUAGUAAACUUCAUGAUAACUGGCAAUCUGGGAUUUCGUCGUCGAAGGCAGAGUGAUGAUAGCCUCCAACAACAACAACCAAUCAGUCGAAUGGCGAGAUCAGAUGCUCAGCUGUACAGAGACCUGGCUCAGGCUUCAGGAGGUCUGGCUAUUGAAGUCUCAAAGAGUGAGCUCCUUGAAGCCACCAGCAUCAUAACACAGACAUCCAGCUCCUCUCUG